UGCUACUUCAAGAACCUCUUACUUUUCCAUCAUCAUCAUCAUCAUGAUCAUCUCGAGGUUUCGGAUAUUAAUGGUGUCGAUCAUACCAUUUAUAUAUUUCUCUACUCUUUUUCCUCACGAACCUCUCUAGAAACCCACCUUCUUUAAACCACUUCUCUGGGUUUUUUUUUUUAAAAAAAUUCAUCCUCCAAUGGCUUCCAAAUCCACUUUCGUCAUCCUCUUUGUGCUGAUUAUGUUUCUCUCAUGUCCUUCAGAAGUCACCAGUACUAACCAGUCUCAGUUUUUCACAUUGAUGAAGGCUUCUCUAUCAGGAAACGCCUUGUCUGAUUGGGAUGUCAGUGGGGGAAAACCUUUCUGUAAUUUCACAGGAGUUGGCUGCAAUGAUCGAGGGUAUGUCGAAGAGAUUGACAUCUCCGGCUGGAUGCUUUCUGGGUAUUUCCCAAGUGAUAUAUGUUCUUAUCUGCCAGAAUUACGCGUUCUUCGCCUCAGUCAAAACAACCUCCAUGGAAAUUUCCUCAACAGCAUAGUCAAUUGCUCCCUCUUGGAAGAAUUCAACAUGAGCUUUGUUUAUCUGAGAGCAAAUCUUCCAGAUUUGUCCCGGAUGAAGUCAAUUUGGAUACUUGACAUGUCCUACAACCUCUUUACCGGCGAUUUCCCGAUGUCCAUAACUAAUCUGACAAGUCUUGAGUUGCUCACUUUCAAUGAAAAUGGAGAAUUCAACUUAUGGGAACUUCCUGACAACAUUUCCAGGCUAGUGAAUCUCAAGGUUAUGGUGCUGUCAACAUGUAUGCUGCAGGGUCCAAUUCCAGCAUCAAUCGGAAACAUGACAUCACUUGUUGAUCUCGAACUGAGUGGGAAUUUUCUAUCUGGUCCAAUUCCUGCAGAGCUUGGUUUGCUCAGGAACUUGAAGCAACUUGAGCUGUACUACAAUUACCACUUAGCUGGACAGAUACCUGAGGAGCUUGGAAAUUUGAAAGAGCUAAGAGAUUUAGAUAUCUCAGUCAAUAAGCUGACAGGAGUAAUUCCGGAGUCUAUUUGUAGACUUCCUUAUCUCCGAGCCUUGCAGCUUUACAACAACAGCCUCACUGGAGAAAUCCCAACUGUCAUUGAAAAGUCGACAACCUUGACAAUCCUGUCACUUUAUGACAACUUCCUGACAGGAAAACUUCCUCAGAAUUUGGGAAAGUCCUCACCUUUAGUCGUUCUGGACGUGUCUGAGAACAAUCUAUCAGGUCCACUUCCGCAGGGGGUCUGCCAGAGUGGUAACUUGCUAUACUUUCUUGUCUUGGAAAACAUGUUUUCUGGAAAGAUACCUGAUACUUAUGCAGAUUGCAAGAGUGUUAUCCGGUUUAGGGUUAGUAGAAAUCAACUAGAGGGGAAAAUUCCUCAACGGAUUCUUGCCCUCCCUCAUGCUUCAAUCAUUGAUUUGGCUUACAAUAAAUUGACUGGUCCAGUACCAGAUACCAUUGGAAAUGCUAGGAAUUUAUCAGAACUGUUCCUGCAGGGGAAUCGAAUUUCAGGGAUUGUACCUUCCCAAAUCUCUAGAGCUAUCAAUUUGGUUAAGAUUGAUCUUGGUAAUAAUCUUCUGUCUGGUCCAAUACCUUCAGAAAUUGGAAAACUAAAGAAGUUGAAUUUACUUCUGCUGCAAGGAAAUCGGUUAAAUUCUUCCAUCCCUGAAACAUUAUCUUCACUCAAAUCUUUGAACGUCCUCGAUCUAUCUAACAAUCUCUUGACUGGAAAUAUACCAGAUUCUCUAGCUGAUUUGUUAUCUACUUCUAUAAACUUUUCAAACAAUAUGCUUUCUGGUCCAAUCCCUGUUUCACUCAUCAAAGGAGGGUUGAUAGAAAGCUUUUCAGGUAACCCAGGUCUGUGUGUUUCAGUCAGCGUCAAUACUUCAGAUCAAAAUUUUCCCAUAUGUCCAAAAGGGUACAGCAGAAAACCUCUAAAUUCCAUCUGGGUAGUAGGAGUUUCAGCCAUUCUGAUCACUAUUGGCAUUGUACUGUUUUUAAAACGAAGAUGGAGUAAAGAUAGAUCUGCAAUGGAACAUCAAGAUGCCAGCUCGGCUUCUUCAUCAUUCUUUUCAUACGACGUGAAGAGCUUCCAUCGAAUAAGCUUCGAUCAACGGGAAAUCCUCAAGUCACUGGUUGAUAAGAACAUUGUGGGGCAUGGUGGGUCUGGUACAGUGUAUAAAAUUGCAUUGAGCAGUGGAGAGGUUGUUGCAGUGAAGAAACUAUGGAGUCACAAAACAAAAGGUUUUGCUUCAGAUGAUCAGUUGGUUUUGGACAAGGAACUGAAAACCGAGGUUGAGACUCUGGGAAGUAUAAGGCAUAAAAACAUUGUCAAAUUGUUUAGUUACUUGUCAAGUUUUGAUUGUAACCUCCUUGUUUAUGAGCAUAUGCCCAAUGGGAAUUUAUGGGAUGCCCUUCACAAUGGAUGGAUCCAUCUUGAUUGGCCUACUCGUCAUCAGAUUGCGCUCGGGGUUGCACAAGGUUUGGCAUAUCUUCACCAUGACCUGUUGCCACCAAUCAUUCAUAGAGACAUCAAAACAACCAACAUUUUACUUGAUAUCAAUUACCAACCUAAGGUAGCUGAUUUUGGCAUAGCUAAAGUUUUGCAAGCUAGAGGAAAAGACUCUACCACAACUGUUAUUGCAGGAACUUAUGGCUAUUUGGCUCCUGAAUAUGCAUAUUCCUCCAAGGCAACAACCAAGUGUGAUGUCUACAGUUUUGGUGUAGUGUUAAUGGAACUGAUUACAGGAAAGAAACCAGUAGAAGCAGAUUUUGGAGAGAACAAGAACAUCAUCUAUUGGGUUGCAACAAAGGUGGAAACCAAGGAAGGAGUUAUGCAGGUGUUGGACAAGUGUUUAUCAGGUUCGUUUAGAGACGAGAUGAUUCAGGUCCUACGAAUUGCCAUCCGUUGCACCUGCAAGACUCCAAGCCUUCGUCCAUCGAUGAACGAAGUUGUACAGAUGCUGAUUGAAGCUGAUCCGUGCAGAUUUGAUUCUUGCAAAUUUUCAAACAAGACCAAGGACGAAUCAAAUGUCAUGAAUAAGCCAAAGAACACUUCAGAAUUAUGAUAUCACCAAGAGGAGUUGUAAAGCAGUUUCAGAUCAAAUUUUUAGUAUGUGACAUAGCAUAUCUAUAGGACAUUAUUAUCUGUAAAACUCUAUAUUUAGAGGCUACUUAGCGGCAAAAUAACUAGCUUAGCAUUUUCUUUCUCCUUUUUCUUUUUCCCCAUUGCAUAUAUAUAUAAAUAUAAUGUUCAAGAAAAGCAGCAAGUUUGCA